AUUUCUUUAUUUCUGCACUUCAACAACCAAUUUUUUUUGCAUUUUACGCGUUCUAUAAUAUUUCACAAUGCCCUGCCUGCCUUUAGCUCCGUCGAGCGAUGCGCACUGCUAUUUUGUACUGAUAACUGAGCCCAACGCAACUGGCGACCACGACAAAGACGGACAACGGCUUUCACCGCCGCCACCACCGCCCCCACCAUCGGUAUCUCAUUUUUAUAUCCACCCGCCUCCGCCGCCGCAUCAGCCCCAACUUGCUGCUCACCCUCAUUUAAAUUUGCACAACAGUAUCAAACAAAUCUGGGACCAAUGGUUUGGCCAGCCACCCGCUCGAGCGUGCAAGGAUAUUGCAAUCAACCAAAGCCACUGGACUAUCUCCAACGAGACCAUGCGGCCCUUCGUCGAUAUCCCCGACAUGUCCGAUAUCGGCGUCGGUGAGAGCGUCUGUGUGCGCGUAAUAGUGCCGUUAAGGCCAUCCAACAGUACCGACGCAUUUGUGCCUUUGCCAAGCGCACCCUGGGACAGCAUUCUCCUCGACAUGGUCGGCCUGUCCUCGGGCAUCAGCAUUCCAGUCAAUCUGCAGCCGGUCAGCGAUAUGCGCAACAGGCGGCAGGACAGCGUGCACAUUUACGAGGCUAAUGUGGUGCUACGCGACAUUGAUGUUUACCAUCCCGAGGGAUUCCUUGAAUUCCGCGAUGCUCGGUGGAACCCCGAAGGCCCCUCUUGCCACAGCACCGCUGGAUAUAACGAGGCACAACAGGUUGUGGUAAAAGACGAGCACAGGGCCAGCCCAUAUAGCCUUUGGAAGUACACGGAGCUGCCCUUGUGUACAGACAGCAAUGCGGAGGGGCGUUGGGUUUAUGUGCACAAUAUUCCGUUUGAUCCCGAGCUCGUGCCAUUGGCUGACAACCUGAACCGCGUCUGGCUGCCGUACACCUGCCGGUUGCGCCGCGUCAGCUACGCGCAGUUUGCGCAAUGCCUUGUCUCAAAGUACCCGCGUGUGCACUGGUAUGGCGACUCUAACGUGAGACGCAGCUUGAAAAAAAUCAGCUCGCUGGGCGAGUGGUGCUCAACAAAAGAGGACCAGGAAAGCGCUGUCUGCACGUGCGAGGACUACAGGAGCGACUUUACCCGGUUCUCGAUACACGCGCGCAACACAUUUUUUGACAUUGAUGCAGUGGACGGUGGCUUGUCGCUGGCUAACGAGACUGAUUUUGCGCGUGUUCCCGAAAAUAAGGCGCGCAUGGCGGUGUUCAAGAUCGAGGGCCUGACUGCGCGUAAUGUUUCGCCGUGGAUAGACCGGUUCGCGAAUGGAACGGCUGUCAUUAUUUCGCUGGUCAACUGGGAUGCUGCCUUUACGUCGUUGGACCGCCUCUCGUAA